AUGGGGAUACUAGAAAAGAUUGCACAGAUCCAAGAAGAGCUUUCACGUACUCAAAAGAAUAAGGCUACGGAAUAUCAUGUUGGUCUUUUAAAGGGAAAACUAGCACGGUAUCGUAGAGAAUUAUUAGAACCACAACCAGGACAAGGUUCAUCAGGAGGUGGACAAGGAUUCGAAGUUGCCAAAGCGGGAGAUGCGCGUGUGUCAUUAAUUGGGUUCCCAUCGGUGGGUAAAUCGUCCUUUUUAUCGAAAGUCACCAACACUAAAUCUGAAGCAGCUAAUUAUGAAUUCACAACCUUGACAUCUGUGGGUGGUAUAUUGGAAUACAAUGGAGCUGAAGUGCAAAUCGUCGAUUUACCGGGUAUUAUAAAAGCUGCAUCUCAAGGCAAAGGUAGAGGACGUCAAGUGAUUGCGGUGUCUAGGACUUCGGAUUUGAUAUUGAUGGUUUUAGAUGCGACGAAGAGUGAAGAUCAGAGACAAAUAUUGGAAAAUGAAUUGGAGUCUAUGGGGAUUAGAUUGAACAAGACCAAGCCAAAUGUAACAAUUACCUUGAAGAAGACAGGGGGAGUCAAAAUGAACUCCAUUAUUCCACCAAAAUAUCUUGAUGAAAAAAUUGUCACUGCAUUACUAAAAGACUACAAGAUCUUGAAUGCCCAUGUUUUGAUCAGAGAUGAAAAUGUGACAAUUGAUGAUUUUAUCGAUGUUAUCAAUGAACAGCAUGUCACUUAUAUCAAAUGUCUUUAUGUAUAUAACAAAAUCGAUGCUGUCAGCUUAGAAGAAUGUGAUAGACUAGCAAGAGAGCCAAAUACAGUGGUGAUGUCUUGUGAGUUGGAUUUGGGUAUUGAUGAUUUAAAAGAAGAGAUUUGGCGUCAAUUGGAUUUAUUGAGGUUGUACACUAAACGAAGAGGUAUUUUACCCAAUCUUGAUGAACCAAUGGUUGUGAGAAAUAAAAGUACCAUUUUAGAAGUUUGUGAUUCUAUUCAUCGAGAUAUGAAGAACCAGUUCAAAUACGCUUUGGUUUGGGGAUCUAGUGCGAAACAUUCGCCUCAGAAAUGUGGUUUAAAUCACCCUGUUCAUGAUGAAGAUGUAGUGCAAAUAGUGACUAAAUAG